AAGAAAAAACUUUCACCGUUAGUGUUAACAACCACUAUGUUAUGAUCGAUCUCUAGGGAGCGAUUAUGGCCAUUGGGUAGACUUGUAUGUUAAAGAAAUAACAGGGUAGCGCGAAAGUUCUUGACGUUUAUUUUAUGACCGUUUAUGUUUUAUGUUCUCGGGGGUGUGCUAUGAGGUUGUAUAAAAAAAACCUACAAUUGAGCGAAGCCGCAAAAAAACUCUGGCAUUUCUCCGUGGGUCUGCACAACAACGUGUCUUCGCUUCUCGCGUCUUCGCUAUGGCUCCAGUAAACAACCUGACUAUUGAUUCUUACGACGUUGUAUCAGAAGCCGGCUGGCAAGACGAAUUAGAAACGUUGAUUUUUAAAACAACGGAGCCGUCGCGAUCUACGCCUAAGGUUAUCGAAACUGCUGCUGACGGAAUAUCCGAUAAAACGUCUGGUCCGCCUCAUCUACAGAGGCAAUCUGAUCCUAGUUACGUAGAAGACGUUGAGCUGAUGAGCGUCCUUGAGCCCGAACCCUUAGAGGUGACAACAUCAGGGGGAGCGGAAGCCCCCGAGCAAACUUUGAACGGGUCUACAGCAGGAGGAGCGGAGGCCUCCGAGCAAACCUUGAACGGGGCUAAAAGCAGCUCCUUGCCGGAAAAAUCUGAGCAGCCGGGUGCGCUUCCUCUUCAAGCUCGAGGUGAACAAGAGGGGUUAAGCGAAAGAUCCCGACCAAGUCGUCGUCGGAGAACUUCGGCUUCGCCCUCUUCAUCCUCAUCAUCACACGGUGAGUUUUUCCCCCCAGGGGCUGUAUCUUUAUCACAUGAGUAGAAAAAAAAAAAAAUUCCACAACCUAAUUUCUUGCGCUUCUGAUAUUCCUACACAGAGAGUCAUAUUCGAUGAAGAAGAAGAAGAAGAUUGAGCUACAGGAGCGUUUCAGCACCG